UCUAAUCCCACAGGAAGGAAUCUCGCAGCAACUCUUCUUCAUUAUUGCAACUGUUGCUCCUCGCCUGCAACAUUCGCUGUCCUCCAACCUCCGCUGUUCCCACCGCCACCUCCGCCACUGCUCUCCUUAUAUAAACUCCCAUCGCCUCCUCUCUCUCUUCGCACUCGCACUCGCCCUCCCCCCCUCUCUCUCUCUCAACGGCUUGAGCUUCCCUAGAAGCGAAAAGAAGACGAAAACGAAGAUGGGUUUGGCCGGGUUCAAGGUCGCGAUCCUCCUCGCCCUCCUAGCCACCGCUUGCACCGCGCAGUCCCCGGCCCCGUCUCCCACCGCCACGCCCCCCAGGGCGGCCGCGCCCACUCCGGUCUCCACCCCGCCUUCUCCGACCCCGGCGCCCACCACUGCCCCGGUGCCUUCCCCGGCCACUCCGGCCCCGUCCCCCUCGCCGACCAAGACGCGACGCCCACUCCAUCCCCGUCUCCUUCGCACUCGCCCAAGAAAUCUCCCGCCCCGUCUCAGUCUCCGCUGGCCGCAUCCCCUCCCGCCCCGCCCACCGCGUCCGAAGCGCCCGCCUCUCCCCCGGCUGGCGGCAACAAUGCUGGAACCUCGACCGCCGCUAGCGCCGCCGCCGUUCUCACCGGAGUUCUCUUCGCCUACAUGUUGGCGUAGAGAAAAGAACUGCUUAGCAAUCUUGUCUAAACUGAGUUCAUCACCAUGGACAGAUGAAUCUCCGAUCAUUACGGUGAACUGGGUUUAGGCAAGAAUUUGCCUUUGUUGUCAUUUGUUUGCGGACUAGUCCAUCAUUUUUCCAAUUCUUUAUCACGUCAUACAGUCCUCUUUUUUUAGUCGACGUCUCUUUGUAUUUUGGGUUCGGGGUUUGACUUUUAGGGUUUGGAAAUUUAUGAGCUAUUCGAUUCUUGAUCUGACGAUUUGGUAAUCGUGUUGGCACAUGUAAUCUUCCCACUUGUAGAUGAGUUCCAUUUAUGUAAAUCUCAUAUGUUUAUUGAUGAAAUAAAAAGGUUCGUGGAUCAUAUUCUUUUCA